GUACCUGCCUCCUUACGUACUUUUACUUUAGAUGACGGUACAGGCCUAGCAACUAUUGUGUCUGUAAAUGACGCUCCUGGUUUUGGACCCUGGAUUAAAGAUGGUCUAUACUGUAUGGUUAUUGGAGAGCUACUUUCAACAAAACCUACAAUCACUGUAAAGGCAAUGAAAAUAACAAAGCUGGUUAAUUCAAAUGAAGAAACACUAUGGAAUUUGGAAGUCAUAGAUUUCUGGAAAUGCAUGGAUAAUAGUUGAUAGUAUUCUAUUAAUAUUUAUAACCAAUAAUUAGUUAUUCAUACACAUUUAUACAAUUCCACAAGACUUAUCAUAAAUUUAGUGAAUCAUGUUUUGCAGUUAUAGCAAACUUCAUCAUUCUUUCCUAAGGUGUGUAAAAAAUCUUAUUCACUCUCGUCAAUGUAGUAAAAAAGCUAUUUAUGAUAUUAAAAUUGGUAAAGUAACUAAAUCUGUGUCUUUACCCAAAAACCCACAUUUAGUGCCUUUAUUGUACCUUCAAAAGAAUCCAUCAGAAACUUUGAUAAACCACUUGUUAUGGAUCAUGAAAAAAGAUAUCUUGGGUCAAGAUAUGUUUUUGAUUGGCUCACCAGGACGCUACAGAGCUCGUACAAUCUUACAGUAUCUUGAGAUGAUGCAAAGGGAAGUGGAAUAUGUUAUCUUAUCUCGUGAUACAACUGAAAAUGAUUUAAAGCAAAGAAGAGAAAUUUGUGAUGGUACUGCUCACUAUAUAGAUCAAAGUGCGGUAAGGGCUGCUAUUGAAGGUAGGUUUCUGAUUCUUGACGGUAUUGAAAAAGUUGAGAGGAAUGUAUUGCCUGUUUUAAAUAACUUGUUGGAAAACAGGGAAAUGCAACUUGAAGAUGGACGUUUUCUCAUUGCACCAGAUAGAUAUGAUAUGCUUCUGCUUGAACAUUCAAAAGAAGAACUGGACAAGUGGAAAUUAGUUAGAGUUUCUGAAGACUUUCGGGUGGUUGCGCUUGGACUACCUGUUCCUCAGUUCAAAGGAAAUCCUUUAGAUCCUCCAUUUAGAUCAAGAUUCCAAGCACUUCAUUUAAAGAUGAGCUUUGAGGAACAACUUUCUGAGUUUUCUGAAUCAUUUCAAAGCAUUCAAAAGGAUGAAUUGGAAAGAUUUCUUUCUGCUUGCCAUACAUUUUUAUCAGAAGAAUCUUCUAAUUUAGAUCUACCUAGGUUUCCAAUUGAAAAUUUGUUUCUCAUCUUCAACAUCUUGAAUAAACUUCCUGGCUUUCCUGUGGGACACACAUUUAAAUGGCUAUAUCCUUAUCAGCUAAUUUUACCAAAAAGUGCUCAGAAUUUAAUAUGUGAAACUUUGCAAAAAUUUUCUAUUCAAACCAAUUCCGUCAAAGUAAAAGUUGGUGUAUCCAAAUAUCUUGAUAAUGAUGACUUUACACAUGAAGUUAAACUUGAAACAAAGAAAAAUAAAUUUACAGCUAGAGCUUUGGGACAUAACAUAAGUGUUGGUUCAGUGAAUUUUGUUUCCAAUUUAUAUCAUAAUAAUGUAAUUGCAGACCUGUGUUUAACUCAUUUAUCUCAUGAUUUCUGCAUUAUUGGAAACAAAGGUAGUGGAAAAGGAACAUUAAUAAAAAAAUUUGCUUCACUUUUUAACUAUCCUGUGGAAAUGGUGAUGUUGUACAGUGAUAUGACAGCUAGAGACUUAUUACAACAAAGGAUUACUGAUGAAAAAGGAAAUACAUUAUGGAGGCCAUCGCAAGUUGUGCGAGCUGCGAAAGAAGGAAAGUUAUUAGUGUUAGAUGGAUUGCAUCGGAUUCAUUCUAGUACACUGUCAGUUUUACAAGGACUUGUGCAUGAUCGCGAGAUACAGCUUUAUGAUGGUACCAAAUUAUUAAGAUCUGACCGUUUUGAUGCUCUAAAAAAUAAGUUGAAUUUAUCUAAUGAACAGUUAGAAGCAAAAAAUAUUAUAUGUAUACAUCCAGCUUUUCGCAUUGUUGCAUUAGCUGAACCUCCUAAAAUUCAAAGCUCUAAAGAAAAUUGGCUAAAUCCACAAGUGCUUUCAUUAUUUUUAUUUCAUGAAAUUAGACCUCUUAAUAUGGAAGAAGAAAAAACUGUUAUUAAAAGCAUUACAAACUGUUCUAGUGAUAAAAUAGAUAUUUUAUUGAACUUCACUCACAAAUUGCGUAACUCAAAAGAUGAUGUUUUAAAAAAUAUUAGUACUUCAUUUUCUACUCGUCAACUUGUUCGAAUGGCUCGAAGAUUGGAGGCUUUUCCUCAUGAAAGUAUUUACGAUUUAAUAAAACAAUCUUGUCUUUUUGAAUUUUUACCUCAAUUAACGAAGCAAGGAGUGGAAAGUGUUCUUGAAAGUUGUUCAAUCAAAAAACCCAAACCAUCUGUUGUGGAGAAAAAUAUUCGUGUAAUAAAUGAAGAACUUUACAUUGGAGACACCAAGAUUCCAAUUUGCAAUGCAGGUUCAGAUAAACUUAAAGUCCCUAAUGUGUUGUUUUAUAAUAGCCAAGAACACAUCAAAGUAAUGGAGGCGAUGUUACAAGACUUCAUUUUGGGUGAGCAUUUAUUAUUAGUUGGUAACCAAGGAGUUGGAAAAAAUAAAAUUACUGAUCGAUUUUUACAGUUGAUAAAUAGGCCUAGAGAAUACAUUCAAUUGCAUAGAGACACAACAGUUCAAUCUCUUACUCAGCAACCAACAGUUCAAGAUGGAAGAAUUGUUUAUGAAGAUUCGCCUCUUUUAAAAGCUGUUAAAUUUGGCCGUGUAUUAGUUGUAGACGAAGCUGACAAAGCACCAACUCAUGUGACAAGUAUUUUAAAAGCUCUUGUCGUGUCUGGAGAAAUGUCACUUUCUGAUGGACGCUGUAUUGCUCAUCAUAGUGAUCAGAAAGUUAAUGGAAACGAUCAAGUGAUAAUGCAUCCAGAUUUCAGAAUGAUAGUUUUAGCUAAUAGACCAGGCUUUCCCUUCUUAGGGAAUGAUUUUUUUUCAACACUUGGUGACAUUUUUAGUUGUCAUGCUGUUGAGAAUCCUAGUUUAGAGUCAGAGAUAAUGAUGCUUCAGCAGUAUGGUCCUAAUGUGCCAGAAAAUUAUUUAAGAAAAUUGGCUAAUCUAUUCGCUGAAUUACGUUCAAUGUCUGAUGCUGGUUUAAUAUCAUAUCCUUAUUCUACUCGAGAAGUUGUUAAUAUCAUUAAACAUUUGAACAAGUUUCCUGAAGAAGGUAUACCAUUUGUAUUAAAGAAUGUCUUUGAUUUUGAUGUUUUUAAUUCUGAGUUUAAGGAUACCCUUUCUAAAAUAUUUGUAAAACAUGGUAUACCUUUUGGAAAACAGACAGUCACUAUAAAAGUUGCUAAAAGGUAUAAACUUCCACAAACAACUAACAAUACUGAAUGGAUGUUAUCUAAAGAUAUAAACUCGUGGGAAACUGAAAAUCGUGAAUUGUAUCUUAGUAAUAAAUCCCAUCUACCUGUAGUUCAGAGCCAUAUUGAUGAAGUUGAGCCUAGGGCUACAAUUUUUUCAGAGCAACAAAGUUUUUAUCAGUUACCUUUAAAACAAAAUGAUGUGCCUUUAGAUAUCAAAGCUACAAAUAUUGAUGGUACUGAUAUUUUGUAUGUUGUUACAGCAAAUCCUCUUUCAAUUUAUAGAAUAAAUACCAAUAAAAAAUUAAUGAGUAGUAUUAAUUUAUCAGGCUAUUUUCCCAACAUAAGAAGUGGUUAUAAACCUGAAAUUUACACAUCAGUUAUUAAUUCUUAUAAUGAUUUAAUUUUGCUGCAUGAAAAGUUUACUAACCAAACAUUCUUAGUAAAUAUAAAAGAAGGUAUUAUAAAUAGGAUUAACAUCAAUUCUCUUUUAGAUGAAGCUAUUUCUAAAUUAAGUAACAUAGUGUCAAAUAAAGCUGAUCAGUUUUUUGAAUUAUGCGAAUUUCCAAAUAAAAAAAAAGUCCUAUUGUUCCAUAAAAAUGGUAAAAAAAUAAUCCUAUUAAAUUUUGAAGAGAACUCUACUCAGCAAUUGAAUUUCCCUGAUAAUAUCUGUAGUAUUCUUGUCAAAGAUGAACACAGCUUACUAAUUAACUGUGAAAAAAACCAUUUUUUCGUCGAUCUUUCUGACUCAAGAAGUUGGAAAAGUCGUUCAUUACAAUCAGAAAUUGAUGAAGCCAUUCAAAUAAAAACAAUUGUACCAGAUAGCUCACAAUCCACAGCUCUAAUGUCAUCUUCAACUGAUUAUGCAUGCCUUGUUACAGGAUCUUUUCUACUUGAUGAUAAGUUGAAAAUAAUAAAAUUUCCCCGAGAAGAUGGAAACUUAACUGAUAUGAAAAGAAAUUGUAUUAUGCCUAAUAAUCAACAAAUAAUAACAUUUGUACAUGAAUUUCCAUCACACAUUAAAAAUGAAUACAGUCAGAAUGAUGCCGGAUUUUUGGAAAUAGUUGAUUUGAAGAGCUCAACGUAUGCAUAUGUAGAUGCAAAUAUACCUUUCAAUUCUUCUUCUUUUGCUAAUUGGUUGAUCAAUACAUCAAAAUCAUAUCUUUUAAUGUGUUUACUGCAGAAUGAAACAUUAGUGACGAUUGAUGUUAGAGGGUGCAUUCGAAAGUGGGAAACUAGUGAACAGUCUCUAGUUUCAUCUUUUGAGGAAUGGAGAAGAAUGAUUGGUGCUGGUAAUGAACAGCAACUUACAAUUGAACGUAUAGACAACAAGGAAGUUUCUAACCCUAAGCAUGGCAAAACUGACCCAACAGGAGCUCCUCAUGUAGGUGGAAACACAUGGGCUGGUGGUACUGGUGGAAGAGACACUGCUGGGCUUGGAGGACGAGGUGGCCCUUAUCGCCUUGAUGCUGGUCACAAUGUCUAUCAAGUACCUGAUCAUAUGAAAGAUGCAGUUCCAGAGGAAGUAAGAAAAGCUGCCAGAGAAAUGAAUAGAAAAGCAUAUAAAGAAAAACUAAAAGAUAUUGAAAUGAGUGAAUAUGAUGCUGAGUUAUAUGGCAAUUUUCUAACUAAUGUUGAGAAUCAAAUAAAAUCAUUACGUGUUAUAUUAGAUAGUUUACAAGCAAAGAGUAAAGAAAGGCAGUGGUUAAGGCAUCAGACUUCAGGAGAGUUUGAUGAUACAAAACUAAUUGAAGGGAUAACAGGGGAAAAAUCCAUCUAUAAGAAAAGAGGUUUGCAAGAACCUGAAAUGGGAAGUCCUCAAGAGAAACCUAAACUUUUAAGGCUAGUUGUUGAUGUCAGUGGCAGCAUGUAUCGUUUUAACGGACAUGAUCAUAGGCUAGAAAGAGAAUUAGAAUGUGUGGUUCUUCUUAUGGAAGCACUUGAGAACUAUGAUGAAAAGUUCCAAUAUGAGAUAGUGGGUCAUUCUGGUGAAGAAUAUUGUUAUGAAUUUUCCAAAUUUCGCCAAGCUCCCAAAAACAGAAAAGAGAGGUUAAAUAUCCUUAGGAAUAUGAUUGCUCACUCUCAAUUUUGUGCUAGCGGAGACAAUACUUUAGAAGCCACUGAUCAUGCUAUCAAAACUAUUACUAAAGUUGAAGCUGAUGAAUAUUUUGUAAUUGUCAUGAGUGAUGCUAACUUUGAUCGCUAUGGUAUAUCACCAAGAUCUUUUGCAAAACUGUUAGUAAUGGACCCCAAAGUUAAUGCUUUUGCUAUAUUUAUUGGGUCUCUUGGAGACCAAGCAAUGAUGCUGAAAAAACAGUUACCUGCAGGAAGAGGAUUUGUAUGUUUUGACUCCUCCCAACUUACUCAAAUUAUGCAAAAAAUUUUUACUUCUGCAUUGCUUAAAGAAUAAAUCCUGAUGCUAAAAUUAAGUUAAUAUGUAUUAUUGAUGUAGUCAUACUUUCAAAUUGUAUAAAUACAAAUCUUAAAUAUUCUUAGUAAUUUUUUAAAAUAUUUAUAAUUGAAUUAUAUUUACAAUAAAAUUAUUUUUUAUAUUGUUUAACUGUAUUCAAUGUGUUAUAUUAUUUAUAGUUCUAUGACAUUUAUCUUCAAAUCAAUAAAGCAAUGUGUUUCUCUGGCUUUUAAA